UCCCUUUAAAUACUGAUAUCAUGUCAUGGCGCCUUAUUACAAAACCUGAAGACCUAAUAAGUGAAGAACUAAGACCUACUAAUAAGGGUACACUUCCUCCAUCCUCACCCUUGAAGUCACUAGCCAACAACAACACGCAUACCACACAGGCAACAUGGUGAAAUUAGAAGCCACCAAAGAGCACGACGAUGGCCGCGCCGUGACCGUCACGGUGGCGCCGGCGCUGCCGGUGCAGGAACACCGCCUGCCGCUGUCCAACCUGGACCUCCUCCUGCCGCCGCUCGACGUCAGCCUCUUCUUCUGCUACCUCCACCCGGCGCCCACCGCGGCCGCUCUCAAGGAAGCACUGGCCAAGACGCUGGUGGCGUACUACCCGUUGGCCGGGGAGGUGGUGGCCAACGGCGACGGAGAGCCGGAGCUCCUCUGCAGCGGCCGCGGCGUGGACUUCACGGAGACGACCGCGGCCGGCGGCGUCGAGCUGCGCGAGAUCCGGCUCGGCGCCGUGGACGAGGGCGUUGAGAAGCUGGUGCCUGCCAAGAAGGCCGCGAGCGUGACGGCGGUCAAGGUGACCAAGUUCAGGUGCGGCGGCGCCGUCGUCGGCUGCACCUUCGACCACCGCGUCUGCGACGCCUACUCCUUCAACAUGUUCCUCGUCGCGUGGGCCGCAACCGCCCGUGGGAGCUCUGCGCCACCACCGCCGGCCCCGUCGUUCCGCCGCUCCCUCGUCGCCCCACGCGACGACCCAACACAUGAGCGCGCGCCGUCCACCGACGCCCUCAUCGACCGCCUGUUCUCUCCUCGCAGCGCCGCGCCACCGCCGCCGCCACCCGCCGCCGCAGCAGGCCGCCGCUCCGUCAACCGGAUCUACCGCAUAGCCGCCGCGGACAUCGCCGCGCUGAAGGCCUCGGCGGGGCCGGGGCGCACGAAGCUGGAGGCGUUCACGGCGCACCUGUGGAAGCUCUGCUCCAGGGCGGCCUCGUCCCCGCGCCAGAGCCAGUGCUGCAUGGGCGUGGUCGUGGACGGGCGCACCCGCAUGUCCCCCGGCGGCGCCAUGAAGGCCUACUUCGGCAACGUGCUCACCAUCCCGUACGGCGUCAUCGGCUCCGAGGACCUCCGCCGCAUGGCGCUCGCCGACGUGGCGGGCGACGUGCACCGGUGGGUGGCGGAGGCGGCCACCGGCGACCAUUUCCGGGGGCUCGUGGACUGGGUGGAGGCGCUGCGGCCUAAGCCGGCGGCGGCGAGGGCGUACCUAGGAGGAACCGGCGGCAACGAGGCGAUGGCGUGCAUCGUGUCGUCCGGCAUGACCUUCCCGGUGCGCAAGGUCGACUUCGGGACGGGCCUUCCCGCGUUCGCGUCGUACCACUUCCCGUGGCCAGCCGGCGCCGGGUACGUGAUGCCGAUGCCGAGCGCGCGAGGGGACGGCGACUGGGUGGUGUACGUGCACGUGGCGCCGGAGGUGGCGAAGGUGAUGGAGGAGGAGGAGUCCACCGUGUUCCAAGCCCUCGAGAACAGCUACGUGUUUGAGUGAUUGACAUAUAUAUUGUCGUGCAUGCGCAUGGUAAUAGUGUUGUGUCUUGUGAAGCUAAUGUAUGUCCUGGAUGCCCGCCUGUGUCUAGAGUUGAUUGGUAUGGAGUACUCGCUACUCAUCAGUACUAGUAGUGCUACCAAUUGUCCAGUGUUGGUAACUAUAUAUAUAUAUAUAUGUUUCGAUCUGAGAAAAUAGUAGUACUUCAUGUCA